AUGUCCGGAGAGGAGCUGGAGAGGGACCAGUCUUCUAAGGCCCUGUGGCUGAUGGCCUUUAGGAAGCAGCAGCUGCAGCACCGCCGUGGCCUGCUGGUCAAAGCCCGGGAGUUCAGCUCUGCACCCCCGGAGGAGAGCAUCAACACCGGGGAACUGGACACCAUCGAAGCAGAACUUAAAGAAAUAACAAGACGACAGACAGAAGUGCUCAAAAGUGGAAAACUUCAAAAGGACCCUCAUGAUGUACGACUGUUUGGAGAGACGAUUUUCCCAGAGCCAGACUAUCAUGUACCUCAGGAAAUGAUUCCAGAGCCGGACUAUGCUGUACUAGAGGAACCAUCACUAAAGGAACCAUCACCAGAGGCAAACGACAAUAUGACGGAACCUGAGGAAACUGAGCCACCAGAAAGCAUCGUCCAGCCCGUGGUGUCUCAGGACAAACUUCUCUGGGAUCCUGACUGGGUCACAUGCUCCACUUGCUCAAGAGUCGUUCGCACAGUCGUCAAGCACGAAGUGACUAGCACCUCCUGGAUUCUGUGUUUCACACUUUCUUCCAUUGGGUGUGUGCUUGGGUGCUGCUUCAUCCCAUUCUGUGCAAAACGAUGGAAGGACAUCAGCCAUUACUGUCCCAAAUGUAACGCAAAGAUUCAUGACGUACUCAGAUUUUGAGAUGGGCUCUGGGACAAAGCUCGGCAGAGAGGUGGCGAUCAAGGCGAUUUGAUGGCUGUUGGCGAUGGGAGGCGAUCCAGUGGUCUCUGGAAGUUUUCCUGAAACAAACUGAUCGGGUGACCUAAGGACAGUGAAUGCAAAUGGCCAGUGCCUGUGAUAACUCCACCUUUGAGGACCUAGAUAAUAGGCUUCUUUGGAACACAGCAAUAACCAGAAUGCUCACGUGUACAUAGUGAUUUAUGAAGGAUGAUGUGUUUUUAUGACUGGCAAUUUCCUGUUGAGUCUAUGACCUUAGUUUCUAUCCGAUGAGAGUAUGCCAUUCAGUUGAACACUCUGGAAUAACCUGUCCUUGACAUGUGCACAACAUUGAAACAAAUACAAAUGCUUAAAAAUAAAAUUGCUUGCAUCAAUGAG